AAAAUGGAAUUUCCCUCAUUAGUACUGGGAUUACUGUUCUUAAAUCUAGGAAAUGUAAUAGCUAAGUGUGGAAAUUUUGAUAAGCAGAAUUCUUCGAAGGUUAUUCAAUGGAUAAUUAGAAGAGUACAGGGGUAUGAAAAGUGUGUGGUAACAAGUAUUGGAAUUGGCGACACUGUAAUUCCUGGAGAGCAGAAGCUGAUCAUGGAGAAUGAAACUUGGCUGGAUGUCUACAUAUCUCAAUCUGCUUUAUCUUUUACUAAGUGUAUCAUAAUUAUUUCUGACAAGGUUAUUGUUAUGGAUGAAAGCAUGAACCAUGGUUAUAAUCAUGUACUUCAGAUUAUUUUCCAAGAAGAUACUGCACUUCAUCAAAAUCAUCUAGGAAAAUAA